CCAAAUCUAAGGCGGGAAACUUGACAGCUCGCUGUAGCAGCUAGGGAGCAUGACGGCUGUACUUGAUUAUCCUGCAAGAAAAGUUUUCGUUCGAGAUAUAUGUAAAAGUAUCCGUCUACGAAAUCCUGAAAUCGAUGGGAAUGAGGGGAUAGGAAAGAAACACAAAGAGUGGAAAGUGGAGUGCAAUGGGGUCGAAUUUAUGGUGACAGUGGUGUGGAUCCAAGGUCUUGUAACUGAAGUUAAUAAAGAAGAAGGCUUCCUGAUACUGGAUGACAGCACUGGCAAAGUGAAAGUUUUAGGAUACAACAAAAUCCCCUAUAUCUCUCCUUCAGUAGAUAUAGGAAAGUAUGUUAUGGUUGUUGCUUCUAUGGUCAGAAGUGGAGAGCUUCCUAUGGUGAAUGCCAUUAAACUACAGGACCUGUCUCGAGUUAGGAAUGCGGAGCAGUCGUGGUCUCUAGAAGUCAUGGAUCAAAUCCUCCAUCUCAGCUCCAUACACUGAAUAGAACUACCCAGGAAAUUAUUAAUCUUGUGUUGCAUUAUAUACGUAUAAUGUAUAAUUUAUUAAUUUGUGAAUUUUUAACCCACUGAA